CCCAAUCCCAAUAAUGCUGCUGCACCACUAAGCCCGCCUAGCCCCGGCCGAGCGCCAAAACUACCCCAGUCCCUAAGCCUUAGCCUCGGCAAGUAAAAAAUUACGAGCUGGAAGCUGCUUCCUUCGAUUCUCUUGUUUGACUUCUCACAAUAUCAGCAUUAGGGACAGUGAUGGCCGAGAGAUGUGCCUCCAUCGAAGAACACCCGCACAGGUCGAGACUCUGCGUGUUUUGUUUCUGAAUCCUGGAUCCCGCAUGGUGCGGGCCGUUUUAGAAUCGUCACGCUCGGUGCGCAUCUCCUUGCCGUGCUGCUAGCAAGCAUCUACUCGUCGAACCAAUCGGAUCAGUGCUUUACUUAAUACCGCUACAGCAAGCCAAUUCAUGGUGACUUAUGAAUCACACGAACAGUGCGUCUACCAGAUUAGUUGCACCCUCAGCUACUCCACGUCCUCCAGAAGAUUGGGUCACGAUGAGUCGUGAUCCUUCAGCGCCCUCUGCUAGCAUUUUCGAAGAGCAAGAGCGCGAGUUGGCCAGUGAGCGAGAGCAAGAACGCUAUUUUCAGAAACCGAAGCCAUAUCAAGCUUCAACCCAUAUAAUUGAUCCAGCCAUCAAACAGUUUAUAGCGACUGGGAAGGUCAAACCUGGGGUUUUCAAAGGAGCUUUUCAGACUUUAGGCAAUACUACGGCUGCUAAAGAGUUCCUGGUAUCAGACUUUCCCCUAAGUGAUUUGCUUGUCUCAAGAGACUUUGCCCAUACCAUUGAAACUUCAAGAACAGAAUUGGAUUUUGUCUCAGAUCUCUACCAACGUCAUGUACAAUGGGUGUUGACUAGCUUUGACAAGACUAAUACGGUACAGCAUAUGGUUGUGAUAAGCCCGUAUGAAGCGGAUGCAUUGCUGCCUGAGAUUGGAAAGGAGAAUUGUGUGACGCUACACAUAUAUACACCCCGUGUGAGCAUACACUAUCCGCCACUUGAUAGUCUCAAUCUAUAUACUGUGCCUGUUCGACACCCGCCACCCACAAUUCCGGAGUCCCUUCUCGUUCAACUGAACCUCUUUUCUGGUCACUUGUAUCUUGCUACUUACAACGAAUGUCUGAGAGUUUGCGAGUUCCUGAACUUGGCAACCGAAGCUACUCGAGAAGGUUGGGCUGUCGCUGGGGAUGGAUUCAUUGUCCAACGUGCCGACGGAGCUCCAGCAACAUUCCAUACUAGUCCUGUCAAGUUCUUCAAAUUACUUAUGGGUCAGAUCCGUCGAAAUUGCGAUAACAUUGAUAAAACUCAUAUGGGGCAGAUUCUUAACGGUGAAUUGUUGCGGCCUGAGGACUUUUCUGAUUAA